CGUUCAACAACACUACCCCUCAAUGUUUAGAGAAUUUUGGUAGCAUUUGGUAAAUAUGUGAUAAUAUUAAACGACGCACAAAUCAACAGAGCCGAAAACCGAAAGGCCAGCGCCAGGAGGCCCAAGAAGAGGCCUUUGCGCUGAAGACCACGUCAACAGUCUCGAUAAAGCCCAAAAGAAAAAACAAAACACACCCACCCGAACUCACACAGAAUGUAUUGCCUACAAUGCCUGCUACCCGUAUUGCUGAUACCGAAGCCCACGAAUCCGGCCCUUAUGGAAACGCACGUGAUGUUCAUAGUGCUGUACCUGGUCGGGUUCUUCCUGGAGCGAAAGCCCUGCACCAUCUGCAGUUUGGUCUUCCUCACAGCCGUAUCACUUAUCUGCUACAGCGGCGUCGGGAAUUAUUUUUGGGGCAACUGCGAGGGCCACCAAUGUGAGAACGGCUAGAGGAUCACCUCCCUGCAUCCCAAAUACAGUACCCCCUAGUAGUCAUAGUCAACGAAGAAAUUAAGUGCUAAUAAUAAUAACUACCUUAUUAUGGAAUUACGUUCGCGUUGUUACAGCUUUACAUCCUAGAAAAAGAAUUCGCAAAAAUAGGAGAGAACAGGCGGAGGAAGAGGAUAAGGGAACUUGACUAAAUCGGUGAAAUCAGUGAUACAAGUGAUGAGUGAGUCCGACCAGGAACAAAGAUUGUGUGUUUAGAUCCAUUUAUUAUUUCCAGCUCCGUAUAUGUUUCCUUCAUAAUUCUUUUUGUUAUGAACUGUAAUGGUAUUUAAGCGUGUCUUUUGUUUUUAAGGCUUAGACGAAUUUUGUUUUAAUCGAGAAAACGCUACAAAAACGUAUUGUACAUCACCCCACCCAAUAAAUCCCUUAAAAUAAAAAGCCCCUAUCGACCCCACUUGUCAAUGCAACUUACGAUUAGUCAUAUAUGUUAUAUAUAUAUAUAUAUUAUACAAGAAGUAAUUGUAAAUUAAGGAUAACAAACAAGUUCACUGCACAUCCUUGCUGAGCCAAUGGAAGCUGCUGACAUCGGUUGUUAUUACCCUGUCUUGUGCACGUUCAAAACUGUAUAUACGAGCAUACAACUUACAUACACUGAUCUAAAAAUAUAUUAUAUACAUAAACUGUAAACAAAAAACAAGCACAAAUAUGUAAAAAUGUGGGAAAUGCGGGAGAUUAAAGUAUAUAAAAAAAAUUUGUUUGAUUUUUGCGAAUUUGUAUGAUUUGAGCGAUAUCUAAAAACGCAAUUGUGUCAAGAGAUGUAAGCAAAUAAAAUAAAAACAAUGAUAAUAGGCUUCUACCAUA